AUGCUUUGCAGCUUAUUCACCUCUCUUCUCGGACUGACUACGGUCUUCGCCAACCAAGUGCUGGUGUACAGGGAUCCUGAGAACGGUAACAUCGCUCAAGGUACUGUCGGCUAUGGCUACAAGCAGAUUUCUGCUACCUACACGGCCGAUAGUACAAGGACUGCUAUUACAUUCUUGACACGGCACGACCCAGCAUUUUUCUACUAUGAUGAUUUUGUCUUCACUGUACAGAAUAGCUCUGUGAAUCUGCUGCAAAACCCUGGGUUUGAGAGCGGUCUUGCUCCCUGGGUUCUCGUAGGCCAACAGGGUCUGAGCGCGGCUGCCCGAGUCCAGUCUGACCGUCCACAUACAGGCAGCUUUGAACUCAAAGAUGGCGCUGUUGGUGGCAUCGACGGUGUCUCGCAGAUCGUUAACACUAUUGUUGGAACAACCUAUGCUUUCUCCUUCUUCGUCGCUGCCGAUGCUGGCACAUUCGCACUCAGUCAAGUCAUCAUCUCUUCUCUUGCACCGCCAACAAUCAUGCGCUCUCCGCUGUCUGAUCCCAGCAACCCAGCCAAUCUGACAGUCACUGGAAGUGCUCCUGGAGGCCAAGUCAUCACAAUUUACAUUAAUGAUGUUCAAGUUGCGACGACCACGACUGGGGUAGCCAACAGCUAUACUGCGUCACUCGACCUGUCCAGUUACAAUGGCGUGUUGUCGAUCACGGCCACGACAACAGCAGGUGGUAUCACUUCUGAUCGGUCAUCCCCUUUGCUGGUACAAUAUCCGCCCCCUCCUCUUCGAUCCAUCACCGGUGUCCUUACCGGCCGCACGCUCACAGACAUCUUCAUUGCUGGAACGACUGAUAUCGGCACUGACCGCCCGCUGACAUACAUCUUCACGGAGAAUGGUAACCAAGUCUUUACUGGUACAACUUUGGUCACUGCAGCAGGGCGAUAUGCAUUCUCGCGCUCUUCAACCAACGCUGGAUCGGUUACGAUUAGUGGCACAGAUGUCGCGGGCAACGCUGUGCAAACAACAGUGUCGUACAACGCUGUCAACGCUAAGUGCAACCGCGACAAUUGUUUGCGCGGUCUCUUUGGCUCCAAUGCUGCCAACAACCAAGCCAACUACAAUGCCUGCUUCACUGCUUUACCAACCAUUACCAUCAGCGCUGGCUCUACCAUUACUGGUGCAGCAGCUUUGCCAACCAAUGCGGGUGUUUGCGACGGCCAGGGUGCAGACAAGCGUCAAUCGCGCUACAUCAGUGCAUGCGCAUGUAUGGGUGUUGUUCCAACCACUACAACCAUUGCUCUUGCUUGA